CUUGAUAUUUGUUUUUAUUUGAAGUUGUAGUAUGGUUUUGUAUACUUUUAGGUUAUCAUAUUAAAUAAUCUUGUUAGUCAAGUACUAAAGUUAUUUAAUCAUACACAUACUUCAUCUAAAAGGAAAAAUUUAAAGUACUGGUUUUCCAGAAUUUUUUAAAAUGACUGAAUCUGGACCAUUUUCAACAAGUACAGCAUUUUGUGCCAGAUGUGGAUCUAUAUUGCCUCUACUUCAAGAAUUUGGUUCCGUAAGAUGUUACGCUUGUAAAGGGAUUUAUGAUGCUGAAAAUUUUAGCAAUUUAAAGUUCAAAUACACAGUUAACUUUAACACAGUAUCAGUUGUGACUCAUGAGAAAAUGUUGAACAGAGAUGAUCCAGAAGGGCCUGUAGUUGAGAGAAAAUGUCCUAAAUGUGGUAAUGAUAGAAUGUCAUAUGCUACAUUACAGCUACGCUCAGCCGAUGAAGGACAAACUGUAUUUUACACCUGUGUGGUUUGCAAGUACAAAGAAACUGAGAACUCAUGAUUUGUAAGAAGUAUAUUUCUGACUUAUGUAAAUAAAUAUAGCUUUAUGAUAUU